AUGAAUGCGCCCGCCGCAAAAGAAAGCCGUCCCUGGGACACAUCCGCGCCCACUCAAGAUGUGCCCGAUGAAGUAGCGAGUACCCCCUUGAGCAUUGGAGAUGCGGCGUCUCCAGAAGAAAGCCGCCUCCAGGACGCAUCUACACCCACUCAAGAUGUUUCUGAUGAAGCGGCGCGCACUCCCCGCAACAUCGAAGAUGCGGCGUCUCCAGAGGAAAGCAUCCCCCAAGACACGCUCACACCCACCCAAGAAGUUCCCGAUGAGGCAGCGAGCACUCCCCAGGGCAUCGAAGAUGCGGCGUCUCCAGAAGAAAGCCGUCCCCUAGACAUACCCGCACCCACCCAAGACGUUCCUGAUGAAGUAGCGAGCACUCCCUGGAGCGUCGACGAGCGCCUUUUCAUCCAGUUGCAAGCCGGCUUUGCUCUCGCCGCCGCCAACUUGCACAUCUGUACAGUACUCCCGCCGACAGGCCAGAGCGGCUACUACGUCUUUCGCCGCUUCUUCAAUGACGCCCAGCAAGGCACCACCGAGACCACUUCCGACGACAACCCUACCACGACCUCGAGAACCCAAGAUGAAUACCUGCUCCAACGGCAGGAGCUGGUACACAAGACACUAUCGAUAUCGGAUGGAAUGGUACGAAAGGCGAUGAAGACUGGGGAGUUUAUGAGAGGGAAGAUGUGGAUUGUUGAGCAGGAAGUCUUCGACAAGUACCGAGAGAUCCGCGAAGAGAUUGGCAUCGAUUUGCCGAUCGAAGACCCGAGACAGAACAACAAGAUGUUCAACUUCCUGUACCAGAUCGUUUGCGCAAGGUUCCCCAAGUCGUUGGGACAUAGUCCUACCAGCUCAGACGCGGACGAGAAUCGCACCCGUACGGAAUAUACUGAUGACGACAUGUAUGAAGGCUCUACCCUUAGCUCUCCGCCUGAAGGCGAGUUUGAGAAUACAGAGAGCGCUUCGCCAGCGGAGGAAGACGCACCAGCCACUGAGGAGACUACACGACAGACGCGUACGAGGGUCAGGAAGCCCGCCGCCGCCCUCGACGGCAACAACGAAUCCCCACCGAUCCGUAAGUCCGGUCGGAAAGUCCUUGUAACCGACAAAGCAAAAAAGACGCAGACAGGUACGAAACGCACCAGGCGGAACACGGCGGUAGAAAACGAGAGUGACGAUAACGAGGAAGAUGAAGAGGAAGACAUCGUCGUGGAUGAAGAAGAGGACGAGGGUGGAGCAUCACCGAAGAAGCGCGCCAAGAAGACCAUCCAGAAGAACGCCCAGAAGACCGCAAAGCCGAAGACCAAGAGGGGUCAUGGACCGAACCGUAAGCCGAACGAUGCCUGGUCGAAAGCAGAGCGCGAGGUCAUCAUCGCACUUUUCAACAAGAUCAUAGCCGAGAAGGGUCUUAUUUACUGGGUAAACAAUAUCAGUUCAAUCUUCCACGAGGCUACCGACGCCGUGAACGCACACAGGGCCCUGGAUACAGCCACGUAUCCUGGUAACCCUCGCGGCAUGGAUGGUGUGCGCACUCAGGUCCACAAGAAGGCCGCUUAUGGGCGCAUCAUAGACCAGGCUAGGAAGCUGAGAGCUAAGGACGCCGAUCCCAAGAAGACGGUGACAGAGGCAGAGCUGAAGCCUCGGGAUGUGUUUAAGGUAACAGAUCUUGAUCCUGGAAAAUGA